AUGCUACAUCGAUUCAGUGAAACAACGCUUGGAACGUAUGUGCGCCCUCCUGUUGUGUUCUCGCACGGUCGAGGUAUGGAUCUGUACGCCAAGCUUCCCAAAGAAAAUGGAGGCAAUCGUCGCUACCUAGACUUUACGGCAGGUAUUGCUGUCAAUUCACUCGGGCAUGCAGAUCAUCAAAUCGCCGAGCUUGCUGCUGAGCAAGCGAAACAGCUGGUUCACUGCAGCAAUCUAUUCCUUAACGAAUGGAGUGGAGAGCUUGGAUACCGUUUAGCAGCCAUGACGCGUCAACACGGUGGACUGGGUCUUGAAAGGAAUGCGCCACCAGCUGCGCAGGGACAAGACUUGCGGACUUUUGUGGCCAACAGCGGAACGGAAGCCAACGAAGCUGCGCUUAAGUUUGCGCGCAAAGUGGCCAAGCCCAGCAGUAAGGUGCUCGUGGCCUUUCAAAACGCAUUCCAUGGUCGUACCAUGGGUGCUCUAUCUGUAACACCGAAUCCGAAGUACCAAAGUCCGUUCAUGCCUUUGAUCGGCGAAGUGCGUGUAGGCGCACUCAACAAUAUGAGUGAAAUUGAGUCUCUCGUACGCGAUGAUGUGGCAGGUGUGAUCGUCGAACCUAUUCAAGGAGAAGGCGGGAUUCUUCCUGCGCAAGUUGAUUGGCUUAAGGCUCUUCGCCAACGAUGCACGCAAGUCGGCGCCACGCUCAUCUAUGACGAGAUCCAAUGUGGUUUGUUCCGUACUGGCACCAUGUGGUGCCAUUCAACUAUGCCAGUCGAGGCACAUCCAGACAUGGUCACAAUGGCUAAACCGCUGGCAAACGGGUUUCCUAUUGGAGCCGUGCUGAUGCGUCCUCACGUCGCACAGGCGAUUGUCGCAGGUGACCAUGGAACGACGUUCGGUGGUGGUCCAUUUACGUGCAGGAUAGCUCAUCAUGUUCUUGGGCGUCUAUCCGAGCCAAGUCUGAUCCAAAAUGUUCGAGCUAUGUCAGAGCACCUUGUAUCACGCCUCAGGCUGAUUGGCGAAAUGUUUGAUGAUCUCGUGCAACGUGAGACCUGCCCUCGUGGUCGAGGUCUACUGCUAGGCUUCAGCAUGCGAAACGCUGCACAUGCUGCUCAGGUUGUGAAGCUGGCGCGUGAGCGAGGCGUCCUUUUCCUCACGGCGGGCCAUGACUCAUUGCGUUUUGUGCCAAGUCUCAACGUACAACAGGAGCAGAUCGAUGAGGCAAUGGAUGUUCUUGAAAGUGCGCUGGUAGUACUUCGGGAAUCUAUCUAG